GCUUAAUCGAUGUUGAUUACACUCGCCUAGCUUUCUGGGGCCUUGCCUCUGAUGGGAGUACAGUGUGCAUUUUACUACGCUAUUUCAUCCUUUUUCGGUGUUCUGGGCCUAUAUUGCUGUCGUAAACCAUGGCAGACGACGAGUUAGAGGCAAUUAGGCGGCAAAGAAUGGCGGAGCUUCAGGCAAAACACGGGGAUGCCUCAAAUAAUCAGCAAGGAGAGGAGGCCAAACAAAGAGAAACAGACAUGAGAAACACUAUAUUGGCUCAAGUUCUAGACCAGUCUGCCCGUGCCAGAUUGAGCAAUCUUGCCUUGGUGAAGCCAGAGAAGGCCAAUGCAGUUGAAAACUAUCUCAUUCAAAUGGCUCGUUUUGGGAAGUUAGGAGGAAAGAUUUCAGAGUCAGGCUUGAUCGAGAUCCUAGAAAAAGUCAGUCAGCAAACAGAGAAGAAGACAACCGUCACAUUCAACAGACGGCGGGUGAUGGACUCAGAUGAUGAGGAAGAUUACUAACUUUAAACAGGAACCCUGGAAUGACCCAAGAAUCAAGAGAGGAUAUGGUUUACUGAGACACUUAGAGCAUUUUAACCAGCAUAUUCCUGUUAGCUGGCUCCUGGGAUGCCACAUUAGCUUCUGCGUGUCUCUGGAAACAUACCAAGAGGGAAAAACAAGGACGUAAAGUUGACAAUGUGGCUUAAGUGGUGGGGGGUAGAAUACACACAGUAUCAAAUAAGAUGUUUUUUUGCAAUCUCUUUUCAAUUAGGUUGCUGCAGAUUUGCGCUGCCUGUGCUAUACCCCUGACAACUCCUGACACUGUGUGACUCCUCUAGUCCUUCUCAGUAGUUACUCUUUUCUUUUUUUUUUUAUUUCACCGUGGUUGACUUCUGUUCUUCAAACACAGAUGGCUAGACAAAAUGCAAAACAUAACUGCUACUGAUGCAUUUUAUCUUGACUGUUCAGUGAAUACAAUACAUGGUUCUUUAUUCAGGGCCAGAGCCCCAUUAGCCCUGAUGUUGCACUUGGAUAUUUUCUUUUUGCUGACAUGUAUCUAAAAACUUUACAUAAAAAUACAUUUGAAAAGCCUUACAUCUACAUUUGUUUUUUUAGUAAACCAUUUCUAAAAUGAUUGUUUAUAAUACGAGCAAGUGUCCAACCCUUUUAAAAAGGUUUCCAUUUUGGGUUUUUACAUAAAUUAUACAGCAUCGUCAUCCGGAGUCCACAGAGUUUCCUCACCACACAAGAAGUUGAAUUACUGGUUCUGUAUGGAUGACGAUUUAUUUCCAAAUUUAAAUUUUUGGUUUUCAUUCCAGAAACAAGAGUUAACAGAUUGCCAAAUGUAUCCGAUUACUUUUCAAAUAAAAAGCAUGAAGGAGAA